AUGGUAAAAACCGAACACGCUUGCUUGUCGUGUCAGAUCAAGAAAAGAAAAUGUGUGAAUUCUGGUGCUAGAAAUACUUGUGUAAGGUGUAUCGAAAAGAAUAUUCAAUGUGUUUAUUCUCGUCAUAAAAAAAGAGGACGCAGACCUAAAUUUGAAUCAUCCAUUUCAUCCAUUCUUAUGUUGAACGUUGCGUUACAAAAUGAUUAUCCUCAAAUGGAAAACCCAUCACCAACAAUUGAACCACAAGAAACACAAGAGUCACACGAACCACAAGAAUGUUCAAAUAAUCUUUCCCAAAAAGAUCUAGAAGAACUAUUUCCUGGCAUAUCAACUUCUUAA